GCCUUCUACUCCACCCUAAACAACAACGCCGUCGUCUCCUCUGUCUCAGUUCUGCUUUUGCUUCUACAAACAAACACUCACUCCUUUAUCUCUACACUAUAUUAGAUCUAUUUUCCCCCCCAAUUGAUUCGACGUCGUUUUUAUAACCCGGCAAAACAGACCAUGGUGGUCAACGAGAGACCCGCCAAGAGGAUGAAGAGGAGAGUCACAGCUGAUCUCUAUGAUUUUCUCACUUUCCCCGUCGCUGGUGACGCCUCCUCCGACGGACCUUUCCGGAACUCCGUUCAGCGCUUCCUCUCCGACCACGCGCGCAUCACUUUCCCUCCUUCGCUCUUUCCAUCCUUCAUGACGUGGCAGAUCUUGUUCCGUGUUGGAGACAUCGUCCACGGGCCCGAUCUCUCGCCGGCGAUGGUCACUCUUGACAUUGUCGAGGAGGACGUAACUCGUUCUCGUACUUCUGUUUACUGCGACCAGUGCCGAGUCGUUGGAUGGAGUUCACAUCCUGUGUGUCGAAAGCGGUACCAUUUCAUAAUAAGGGCUGCAAGUAACGCUAUCGAAGCAUAUCAAAGACCUUGUUCACGAUGUGGAAAUCUCCUCCAAUUAUCUGAAACAAGGUGUAGAUCGUGUAACUUUGUUAUCACCGUGGAUGACCUUGAGGAUUGGGUGUAUCUUCAAAUAGAAGAUAACACCCAUCUUCUGCAUGGUGUUGUCCACGCCAAUGGUUACGGACACCUGCUUACCCUUAAUGGAAGAGAAGGUGGCUCGAAGCUUCUCUCAGGAUCUGUUAUCAUGGGUUUCUGGGAUAGGCUAUGUGCUGCGAUUUCUGUUAGGAAGGUUAGCGUGAUGGAUUUGUCCAAGAAAUUUGGGCUGGAAUAUCGGUUGCUUCAUGCAGUCACCAACGGACAUUCGUGGUAUGGCAAUUGGGGUUAUGAAUUUGGAACAGGCAGCUAUGCCCUUACCCAAGAUGCGUACAAGGAAGCAGUGAAUACCCUGUCGAGCAUGCCCUUGUCUUCAUUUUCAUUCCAUGGACGGGGACCACGAAGCCGCUUGCAGUGUGUCAUUUCUCUUUAUCAGUCUUUGGCAGAUACUGAACUUCUAACAAUUGAAGAUCUGUUCGGCUUUUUGUUGACGUUGGUUUACGAAUGUCGUAAGCCCACGACCACUCCCACAGGUACUUCUAAACAGCAUGAAUACAGCAGCACCACUUUAUUGUGUGCUUGGACGGGAAAGGAAGUUGAAGAUGUGCAGCAGGCUUUGAUCAAGGUAUUGCUUGCAUCUGAUGCCCGCGAUGAGGCCAAAUGGGUUACAAGGCGUGCCCUCAAGGGUGCGGUGUGCAGGAGUGUUGCAUCUCCAGAGCUUCUGGACUACUGUCUUAAGAACUUGCAAGGAAAAUCCGCUGCCGAUGGAAUGGUAGUUUGUUCACGAUGCAAUCCCAUUUCCAGUGCAAUCGAAUUCAGGUUGGGACCGUCGACUAAUGGAGUUCGUGCAAAUUCAUGUUAUCCAUCAGAAGAGCAAGUGGUCUCCGAUUUGAAAUUCUUAUUUGAUUCAAUUAUUCACCCCGACAAAAUGUUGAGCUACAGACCUAGGGUUAUGAGGAAAAGGGUGGCUAAUUCGGCCAGGAAGCUCCUUGACUGUAAGCAGUUUAUGAAGGAUUACAAGCCAGAUGAAGUAGCCGUAGAACAGCCAUCAGUCAUUAGGCUGUGGUGUCAUGUGGAGCUUUCUGAUCAGCCUAAAGAUGAUCCAUCCCCACCGCCAGAGCUGAUUGUGUUGCCUUUGAAUGCCACCGUUGCUGACCUCAAGAGCGAAGUCACUAGUGCUUUUCAAGAGGUAUAUGCAAUGUAUAAAAGGUUUCAAGCUGAGGAACUCCUGGGUUAUGGGUCAAUCAGUGAUUCGCUCACCGUCAAGUUUCUGCUUGGAACUAGUGGAUCAAUCCAAAUUCAAGGUAAAUGCCCAGCCAAAAAUGGGCUAAGCCGGUUCCGAAUGGAACGAGGAACAGAGGCAUGGAAGGUUGAUUGCACUUGCGGGGCUAAGGAUGAUGAUGGAGAAAAAAUGUUAGCGUGUGAUACUUGCGGCAUUUGGCAGCAUACCAGAUGCGCUGGAAUUAAGAAUUCUGAUGGCAUGCCUUCGAAGUUUGUGUGUGAGAGAUGCGUCCACUCUUACCGUGAGGAGACCAAAAAACUGCCAGACUCUGGUGACGAGGCUUACAAGACUUGUAAUUUGAACACAUCUUGCAGGGAUGAAGCAGUGGCAACGGACUGUGCAAGUGCAGCAGUUGCUUGUAACAUAUCUGUGAAUUUUGGUGUACGUUGAGUGUACAGCUUUUGUAUUUAUGUCUGUAUAGCUUUUAUUUGUCUUCGGCUAGGUUUUUAUGUCAUGCCAGCUGGGGCCAGAAGUUGUCAAUUGUUUAGAGGCCUGUUUUUGACAGCUUGCGCUCUCUUGUCAAUAUAACUUGAUUUUAUCGAGCUCAAAGAAAAAUGAAUCGACAGUGACCGCUUUAU